AUGCCAGCCACUCAGUUAGUUGUAGCAAGCAAAUUGUCGCCAGCUCCCGGUCUACACAUCAUCCAUGUCAAAGAACUAAAAAAUCCUCCAGUACAGCUGCUAAAACCGCCGUUUGUUGAAGACAGUAAUGAUUCACGUGAAACCGGUAAAGAUCAACGAAUGUCCACACCAUUUUCUCAAUCAUCUGUCAACAACAUGUGCAUUAAUAACAGUAGUGGUUCUCAUGUAAGCAUUAUUAAUAACGGAAGCUAUGCAACCAAUGCAUGUGAUAGAACUCAAAGAAAACAGUAUCCCGUGAGUAGCUUUGACUGUAUCAUACUUGAUGGCGAGUUCGAUGUUCAAUUAAGUCAUUCGUAUGAAAAACAAUCAGUGGUGGAGAUUGAAACGCAUGAGAGUCUUCACACCUCAAGAUGCAUUCAAACUGUGGUUGAAAAUAACACGCUCGGCAUACGACUUGGUAGCUGCAGCUAUUCUGUUAUGAAAGUUUUCAUUCAAAUGCCAAGCUUACGUUGCUUAACCGCGAACGGUUCAGGACAAAUCGUUUCCACCAAUACGCUUCUUUCAGCGGCCGACACGCUACAACUUUUUCUCCACGGUUCGUCAAAUGUAAAUUUAGCAGUGGAUGUCAAUAGCCUACAAGCGCGUCUACAUGGCUCUGGCUCAUUGAAGCUUCGAGGCAGAGUACAAAAUAUAUUGCAGCUUGAAAGUCAUGGAUCUGGGGCGUUUGAUGGUACACAUUGUGCUGCUGAAGUUGCAAAAGCUAAUCUUCAGGGCUCCUGUACAGCCUAUAUAGUUGGCGUAAAAGCCAUUCAUCUGUCAGUUGGUGGUGUGUCAAACGCUUUUUACCGCGGACCCUUAAAAGAACGCCAUGUAGCGGGUAGCGGUCUGGCAAGACUAUUUUAA